AUGGCUUCAAGUUACUCAUGGAAGGUAAACAAAGACUUAAUUAUUUACAAAUCGUUUUAUUUCUUUUACUUCGGAGCGCUGGGUGCAAUAAAUCCAUACCUUCCCGUAUAUCUACGCCAGAUUGGUCUCUCCGCUUUUGCUGUCGGCCUUCUUGUGGGCAUUCGCCCGAUUGUGCAGCUUGCCAGUGCGCCAUUUUGGACCGUUGUUGCGGAUAAGUUUCGAAAGAGAAAAGCGAUACUCGUUAUGUCUAUUAUGGCUUGGCUAGUAAUGACUAUAGCUUUAGUAUUUGUUGAACCAACUGAAGAGAUUUGCGAGUUUACCGCUAAAAAUUCUUCUCAUAAUGUGUUUGUGAACUAUACGAAACAUAAAACGGGAUUUUUUAAAAGAUCCACUGAUGGGCCAGUUCAGCAAAAGUUAAAAAACUAUUUUGACACUGAGGUAACAACUCGUACGAAAUUAGACUAUAGAAAACAACAAAAGAGCAAGCUAGGCUACGACGCGAAAACCAAACGUGGCCAAAUCAGCGAUGGGAUUGCCAAUAAUGAAUUUGGAAAGAAAGGAAUGGCAGUGUCAGAAACAUUGCUCAAUGAUUUUGAAGCAAAGAUUUCAUCAGUAAACAAUACCUCCAAAAAACCAGAGUCAAAUAUAAUUUCUUCUUCCGGUGACCAUCAAAUACUAGACGAAGGAUCUACGGACGAACACAAAGUCUUUGAUCCGUUUAAUAUGAACGGCAAAAGCAAAUCUUCAGCCGGAGCAGAACUUGCUAAGUUUUUUGCCACUGCGCAUAAGAGCGGAGAUACAUCAACAGACGCACAUUAUUACAACAUGAACAGAGCUGAAAGUCAGCACGUUAAGUCCGUAAACAAAACUAGUGAAGGAUCACUCGAAACAAAACAAACAAGUGAUAAGCCUGGAAAAAACGGAACAUCAAAAUACCAAAAGAUAAAAGAAGACAAAGUUAUAAAACUGGCCCAAAGUUAUAAUCGUCGAGUUAAACACACAAAUAACACAUUAACAGUGGUACAGACUAAUCUUUUUAAAUCCAAUAGAAACGAAAUGAAACGACUUUUCGUGAUUCUCUUAGUGCUCAUUGUUGUAGGAGAGUUUCUGGAGACACCUUCGGCGCCAUUAUCCGACGCAUCUCUUCUGGAAUACCUCGGGGAGUAUCGAAUACAUUACGGAAGGCAACGACUGUGGGGAUCGUUAGGUCACGGAAUUGCUUCGUUCUUGGUUGGAACCCUCUUGGAACGGUCACGUCAUCUUACAUGCAAUGAACAGUUCGUUGAUUACACGAGUUCAUUUUCCGUAUUUACGACAUUCAUGUUAAUAACUUUAGUAAUUUCAGCAAACUUCACGUUUCGAUAUAAAGAUGUAGAAGAAACCAGCAAUGGUGUACUUUCUACAGUUCUCUCAAUUCAUUAUGUGUCCUUCCUAACCGCAGUUUGUUAUAUGGGAAUAUGCCAUGGAUUGCUUCAUAACUUUUUAAUGUGGUUUCUUGAAGAUCUGGGAGGAUCAAAGACUCUCAUGGGUCUCUCGAUUUUUUCCCGUAACUCAGCAGACUUGAUUAUGUUUUUCAUCGUGAGUAGGUUAAUUGAAAUAUUUGGACAAAUCAAGAUUGUGUUUAUAUCGUUGAUAUCGUAUGGGACGAUAUUUAUUGCGUAUUCAACGAUGGCUAAUCCGUGGUUUGCACUGGCUGUAGAGUUUCUUGGUGGUUUUACAUUUGCCGCAUCAUGGACUGCAUGCACGUCAUAUUUAGCCGAGGCCGCUCCUCAGGAGUCGGUUACUACAAUGCAAGGAAUCCUUCAAGGCGUUUACUGGGGACUGGGAUUAGGCAGCGGAUCAAUAUUAGGAGGUCAUUUAAUCCACACUCUUGGACCACAAUGGACGUUCCGAGCCGCAGCAACCGGAUCAUUUGUCGUCGCUUCUUUAUUUGCUGCCACACAGUGGAAAUGGCAAAGACACGAUUUAGACGAUUCCUUAGGAAUUUAUCAAUAUUUUUCUGCCGUGGAACCGAAAGACGCAGAAGAUUUGUUGAUCGACAAUAUGGCAUGUGAGAAAAAGUUAAAAAGCACGAAUAAAAAAAGUCUGAGAAAAUUAGAAAAAAAACGCAAGGCUAGAAACUAAAGCCACUAGAAUACCCGAUAUUCCAUUAUUAUGAUAUUCCACAUCAACAAUCUCUGC